GUGUGCAGCUGUGAAAGAAGGAAUCUUUUUCUUGUUGGCAGCUGUGGCAAGCCCUGUUGUGUGGCAGAAGGAGUGUGUGAAGGGCCCGGAGGUGUGGUGUCAGAACAUCCGGACGGCCUCGCAGUGUGGGGCACUGAAGCACUGCCAGCAGAAUGUCUGGAGCAAGCCUGCUGUAAGCAGUAUCCCAUGUGACUUGUGUAAGGAGCUUGUGACGGUGGCUGGCAAGGUUUUGAAGGAUAAUGGCACUGAGGAAGAAAUCCGCUCUUACUUGGAAAAGACAUGCGAGUUCCUUCCUGACCCAGGCCUGGUCUCAGAGUGCAAAGAGAUUGUGGAUUCCUACCUGCCAGUUAUCAUGGAUAUGAUCAAAGAAGAGCUAGAUAAACCUGAGGUGGUGUGCAGUGCCCUGGCACUGUGCCAGUCCCUCCAGAAGCACCUUGCAGCAGUGAAGCUUCAGAAACAGCUCCAGACCAACAAGAUCCCAGAGAUGGAUUUCUCUGAACUGGCAUCUCCAUUCAUGGCUAAUGUACCUCUUCUCCUUUACCCUCAGGACAAACCCAAGCAGAAGCCUAAGGCAACUGGGGAUGUGUGCCAGGACUGCAUUAAGCUGGUCACUGAUGUUCAGGAAGCUGUGAAGACAAACUCAUCUUUUGUGAAGUCUUUGGUUGCUCAUGCCAAGGAGGAGUGUGACCGUUUGGGGCCCGGAAUGUCCGAUAUGUGCAAGAGCUAUAUCUCUGAGUACUCUGACUUGGCUAUCCAGAUGAUGAUGCACAUGAAGGAUCAGCAACCAAAGGACAUUUGUGCCAUGGUUGGGUUCUGUUCUUCUGUGAAAUCUGUUCCUCUACAGCCUCUGCUGCCAGCUCAAGUGGUUCAUGAGGUGAAAAUGGAAACUGUGGAGAAGGCCUCAGUUCAAGAGAAAAGCUUUUCCUUAUGUGAAAUAUGCGAGACCAUGGUGAAAGAAGUGACUGGCCUCUUGGAGAGCAACAAGACAGAGGAGGAGAUUGUGCAUGAAAUGGAGGUGAUCUGCCACCUGUUCCCAGGAAGUGUCAAAGACCAGUGUAAGGACUUCAUAGAUGUCUAUGGCCAGGCUUUGAUUGACAUGCUCUUGGAGGCAACAAAUCCUGAAGCUGUGUGUGUUAUGCUGAAAUGCUGUGAAGCCAAGAAGCUUCCUCAGCAGCCAGUUGCAGUGAAACCUGCAGAUGGCUUCUGUGAUAUCUGCAAGAUGGUGGUAGCUUACGCAGACAAAGAGCUAGAGAAGAAUGCCACGACAGCUGAAAUUGAAGCUUUACUGGAAAAAGUUUGUCACUUCCUGCCAGAGUCUGUCAGUGAGCAGUGUGUUCAGUUUGUGGAACAGUAUGAACCUGUGGUUGUGCAACUCUUGGCAGAGGUGAUGGAUCCCACUUUUGUUUGCACUAAACUUGGAGUCUGUGGAUCAGCUAAACAGCCCCUCCUGGGGGCUGAUGCCUGUGUCUGGGGUCCAGGUUACUGGUGUAAGAACAUGGAGACUGCUGCUCAGUGCAAUGCUGUGGAUCACUGCAAACGUCAUGUGUGGAACUAGAGGAGGAAUUUCCAGUUCUGAAAGUUUGCCAUGGCUCCUAAAACACGUGGGCCGAGGUUGGCAGAGAGCUGUAUCUCACCUGUCCCUCCUCUCUGCCUCAUUAACAAUUUGACCUUCAAGUUCCUUUAUUGUAACUCUUCUGUAGCAGUGCUGCUGUUGAAGGAUCAGAUCUUCAUCGUUGACUUAACAAAGAUAUUUCUGAUUGUACAGUUUAACUCGUUAUGCUCCUAAAAAUAGUCAGUGUGUUGUAGAUUUAUUUUUUUUAAUUGGUAGGCUGAAGUGAUUUUAGGUGCUGGGAAGAAUUGACAGGGAAGGUGAGAUGAGGCAAGGCUCUUAUCUUUUAAUUUAAAAAAAGAACAAGAUAGCAAC